AUAUGAACUCACCACGCCCCGCCUUCCUGCAUCUGACGUCAAGAAACGGGAGCGCAGCUCGAAAAAAAAAAUUACCAAUAACGAAUUCAAACGUCAAAUUCACAUCAAAUUAUCCGCGAAUCGGUGCCCGCGGGACGGUGAAAACGUUCUUUGACCAAGCAGGAAAAGACGAGACAUCAAGAAAGCAGCGUUUCAAAGGCGUUUUUGUGAGGUCCAGACAUGGCCGAGCUGCUGAGGCUGCUGCUGCAGGUGUCGGAGAAAGCCGCCAAUGUGGCUCGCGUCUGCAGGCAGGAGGCGGCCCUCUUCCAGCUCCUGGUCCAAGAAAAGACCGGAGAUGACAAGAAUAAGAAGUUUGUGCAGGACUUCAAGACGCUUGCGGAUGUUGUGAUUCAGGAGGUGAUCCGGCACGAUGUUGGCGCUCAGUUCCCUGAGAUGGUCGGCUUCAUCCACGGAGAAGAAUCCAACAAGUUUGAAAAUGGACUUGGUGAGAGUGUGACUGUAACCGUGCGCGGCACCGAGGAGGAAACGGCAGCGCUUCUGGCCGCGGUGCUGGACGGCGACCUGACGGCGGCGGCGCUCCUGGCACGGGCCAUCCACCAAGACCCGGCCACGGUCGACGCCAGUGCGGACGGACUAACGGUACCGCUCAGCCCUUCCGAGCUCGGCAUCUGGAUAGACCCCAUCGAUGCCACCAGCCAGUACAUAGAAGGCCGCGAGGAGGUGCUGGAGGAGGGUCACCUGUCGCCUUCAGGUCUGCAUUGUGCCCUUGUCCUCAUCGGGGUUUACCUCCGCAGCACAGGCGAGCCCGUCAUGGGUGUCAUCAACCAGCCGUUCAACCACAAAGAACCAGCAGGUGGAAGCUGGCAGGGGAAGCUCUUCUGGGGCGUUUCCUACGGCGACCUCAACGUGUGCUCAGUGUCACAACCCAAAACUGGACCCGAAGGACGUCGGGCACUGUCAGUGGUGCUCAGCUCCAGCGAGAAGCAGGUGGUGAAAGACACUCUGGCCUCCCUGUGCGGACCAGAAAAACUGAUGUACGCCUCAGGAGCCGGCUACAAAAUCUUGUGCGUCAUUCAGGGCCUGGCCGACGCCUACGUCCUCUCAGAAGGAAGCACCUUUAAGUGGGACUCCUGUGCACCUCACGCGCUGCUCCGAGCCCUCGGAGGGGGUGUGGUAGACCUGACGAAGAGUUUAAAGUGCAGUUCUGAGGCGAAGGUAGAACUUACCUAUCACCAGCCUUGCGCUGAGGGUAAAGGUGCUGACCGCUGGGCCAACUACGGAGGCCUGGUGGCUUAUGGAGACUGUUCCCAGCUAAGCAGCAUCAUCGGGGCACUGAGAGGAAAGCUGUAGUGUAUUUGGUGUCUAUAUCACACUCAGAUCUAUUAUACAGAAAGGUCUGGUGAUGUUAUUUUAAUAUACACGACGUGACUGUAUUUUUAACCAAAUACGUAUACGAGUAUUCACUUGGGUGAAUAUUGAAUGAAUGUUUUUUUUGUUCGUAAGACUGAACAGUUAUUUUCCUUUUAAUUACGUCUUCCACUGGAUCAUGUUAAAAAAAAAAAAAGAAAAAUUUGUCUCUUGAUAGUGUGAGGAGCGGAAAGAUGAUGUGGCCUCAAGAAGAGCAGGAGUCCGACCUGUAACUCCGGAAAGACUAUUUUCAUUGUUGAUCUGACCUGUCAGAUUCUAUAAAUAUGUCAAGUGAAUGGAGCGGUGUGCAGUCAUGCGCACCUCUCCAACAUCUCCUUGUAAGGAGACCCUCCAAUCACCUCAGCCAACCUCCUUCCUUUAAAUUGUCAUCCAAACAAUGAGCCAUUUGUAGUACAGCAUAAUGUUUGACCGACGAUAUGUAUGUAUAAUGGCACUUUAUGUUGCUGAUAUAUGCAUUGUGAACAGCCUAUGCAUGCGUGCAUACAAACCAGGGCAAAAAUGUUGCAUUGAGGAAAUUAUCUUUACUUUGAAAACCAGAGAAAGCAGGGGAAACUUACCCAAGAGUGAUAUCUUCAAAUGGUCUGCCAGCCAGGGAACAAAAGCC